CAGUGACGUCAGUGGGUAUCUCCCCGCUCCCCAGCCGCAGUGAGGGUGCUGCAGCCGCUCAGCUGUUUUGGUUGCCCUUCGCCCCUCGGAGGUCACAGACAGACAGACAGACAGACAGACAAGACAGACAAGACAGACGGAGUCAGCCUCCAGCUGACGCUGCCCUCUCCAAUUCACCAGUCGCUCAAUCUCGGCAGCUGCAGCGAGUCAACGUACCUUGCAAUGGCUUCGGGACUGAUGCUGCCGUGGUGGGAUAUGAACCACUAUCCUCAGAGCAUUUGCCUGGGCAUCUGGAUUGCUCGUCCACAGACAUUCCUAUUACGCCACCAUCUCCCCGACACUCUGUCUUAAGCACAAAGGGCAAUCAACCUGCCACCAGGACAAAGUGAAAGAAACCUUCUAUUCCAACCUUACUGCAACUCUGGUAGCUGUACCAACGGAGUCAACAAUUAUACUUCUUGGCUUUGUUUGAACACUACAAGAAAACAUCAAGUUGGAAAGUCCAAUUCAAACACCCCCUUCCCUGUGCAUUGAACACAACCUUGUGAUUACUGACACCCAUUUUUGCCAAAAAAUGGUGUCAAGGUAUCUUGGCAACAUUCAAGUUGAAGCACUAGUACUUAAUAGAGUUUGUGAUAGUCAGGACCAGGGAUUGCACUGUAGUUACAGUGGAUGAAUGCUGGACAGACGGCCCACUCAUUCACUUGAUAUUGGUGUUAGAGGCAAACCCCAAAAGGAACUGACAACUGCGACAGAUAUGGAGAAAAUUCAAGGUCUUUGGCCUGUCAAACAACAUCAAGUUCAAGGAAUUUCACGAACAAAUCAAUUGGAAGCUACAGGGGCACAUAGUCCCACAUACCACACAAUGUCCAAGAUGAUUGGCAAUUAUUGAAAUCCAUCAUCACUCAUAUAUGCCAAGGAAUCCUUGGACACGCUAUCAAAAGACACCAAGACUGGUUGAUGAGACCGUUCAUAAAAAUAUGCAAACUCAUCGAUUGUAAACAGCAUUGCAAACCUGGCAACAGGAUCCAAACACUACAAAAAAGAAGCUUGACCCCCAGACUGCCAAAUCUGAAAUUUAAAGAACCUGUGAUUUGAAAAGCGAAUAGUGGACAGAGAAGGCUGGGGGAAUUCAAUUUCUCAGUGACAUGCUUUUUUUUUCAAGGCAAACAAUGAGACCUAUGCACCCUUGCCCACAGACCUCCACUGGCGUGAUCCGGAGAUGGUCUCUCUCCUCAGGACAUCUUCAGUGUCAACAUUCACUGGAAAGAGCACUUUUGUAGAAUUCUCAGUCAGAACUCCAUGGUGGACAUGCACCUGCUGGAGAAUGUCCCACAACACACAAUCCAAAGUGAGCUAGAUGAUGAUCCAAGACUUAACAAAGUGCUAACUGUCAACCAGAUGAAGAAUAACAAAGCUUCUGGUUCUGACAAUAUCCCUGUGAAGUACCGAAAAAAGGAGACAUACUGAUCUCCCAGGUACAUGCCCUAUUUGUGAAGCUCUGCAAAAUGAAGAAACUCCAAGUCACCUUAGAGGUGUCAUGAUGAUCUCAAUCUUCAAGAAAGGCAAGUUAAACUGUAGAAACUCCAGACACUCUUACCUGUUGACAAAGUCCUAGCUAGGUUACUUCUUCAUCGCCACGUACCAAUUGCAGAGGAGGUCCUCCCAGUGUCACAAUGUAGCUUCUGAGCCACCAGACAAACAACCGACAGUCUAACUUCAGGAAAAUUGCAGCCAGCAGAACAUCCCUUUAUACAUGACUUCCUUCAAUCUCUCAAAAUCUUGUUACGUGGUGAAUUGAACUGCCCUUUGAAAGGUGCUACGGCAAAAUGGACGUCCAGCUAAGUUCACAAACAUCAUCCAUCUCCUACAUAAUAAUACGCAAAUAACAAUACUGUGCAAUGGCUCCAUCACAGAACCCUUCCCUGUCAAAACAGGCAUCAAACAGGGGUGUGUCAUUGCACCAACACUUCUCAAUCUUUUGAGCAGCAAUUCUGCAGAUUACUACAGAAAGGCUUCCCCGCCCCCUCACCCACCACCACUACCAGGUCAUCCUUCAUCAAUAAUGGUACCAAGACCUUCCAAUCAACAAGAGCAACCACUGAGAGAGGGCAGUGAGAGAGGCGGAAAGAGAGGGCAGCUGUUCAAGCCAAUGAUCUGCUACCACCUCUAUUGACUGACAACUGGUGUCCCCACUGUGGGAGAGCCUGGAAGGCUAAGAUAGGGCUCAUAAGCCAUUGGGAACCCACAGCCAGCACUGGCAUCUCACUUAAACGCAGCCAUCUGCAAGAAAGAAUCAUCCUCGACACCGAUUGAGAUGAUGAUUGUGGACCGUAGAUAUGAGAAAUUGUCAAAACGUCCAGUGUCACAUUCACAGUGCUGAUUGAUGGUAUGGCACAUGUUUUCUCAAGAUCAGUGACAAUGAAAGUGGUUACGACCCAGAGUUGUUUUGUAUCCCAAAACACUAUGUAGAAGAUCUGGAAAGAGUUUUCAUUCCUCAUGGUCUUAUUAUGGACCGGACAGAACGCAUGGCCAGAGAUAUAACGAAGGAAAUGGGAGGUGAUCACAUUGUAGUCCUCUGUGUGUUGAAGGGAGGUUAUAAGUUCUUUGCUGACCUUUUAGACUACAUCAAGGCUCUAAAUAGGAACCAGGAUGAGUCGCUCCCAAUGACCAUCGACUUCAUCAGGUUGAAGAGUUACUGUAAUGACCAGACCAUAGAGGAGGUGAAAGUUAUUGGAGGGGAUGACCUGUGCAAGUUGGCUGGAAAGAAUGUUCUAAUUGUUGAGGACAUUGUAGAAACUGGCAGAACAAUGACGAAACUUCUUACACUCCUGGAGAACUACAAGCCCCAAAUGGUCAAAGUAGCAAGCUUGUUGUUGAAAAGGUCCCCUCGAAGUUCAGGAUAUAGACCAGACUUUGUAGGGUUUGAAAUCCCAGAUAAAUUUGUGGUGGGAUAUGCCCUGGAUUACAAUGAGUAUUUCCGGGACUUGAAUCAUAUUUGUGUGAUCAGUGAAAAAGGCAGACAGAAGUACAAAGUAUGAAGACCCAAAAGACUCGCUCGCAAUACUUGAAGAUUCUGGCGAGGAUCAGAUCAUUGUAGAUGCUGAAACGUCCCUGUCCUUUCAAUUUAAUCUAUUUAUAUAGUCAACAAGCAAUGGAAUGUGUGUAAAAGGCUUCAUCUGAAAAUGUACAUAGCUGCAAAUAUGUCAGAUUAUUUACUAUUUUUGUAUUGCGUCCAAUGGAAAUGGCUUAAACUUUUAUAUUUGAAAUGUGCUGUAAAGUUCUAAUUUGCCCUCCUGGAAACAUUGGGAGCAAAGAAAUUAUUUUUGUAUUCAGAAGCUUUGUUUGUACGUGAGAAUGAGUGUGGCUGAGCCUGUCUGCAGCAUCCGUUCAGUUCUGGGUUUCACGCUGGGCAGUGGUGAACAGCUAGAGAGGCAACAAUCUAUCUCCUACAAUUGGCUUUGACAGGCCAAUACUGCUGGUGGUGAGGCACUGCUGUGCCCUUUGGGUGGUUUUCACUUGCCAAGUCACUAGUCCUACCUGUUCCAAGGCUGAGGGGAUGAGGUCGAGUGGGGGAGGGAUCGGGGUGGGGGGGGUGCUGUACUAAGUGUGGGCCAGUCGAUUCUUGUUUAGUGAUGCAACCCUUUUGCUAAAUCCAAAAUGGAAUCCACAGUUAAUACUUCCACAACAUAUGAAAGGUUCAAAAUUAGACUUUCGGAGGGGGUGGGGGGUAAAGUUGGUCAUUGCCUGUGGGGUGAAAUGGACUCAAUGGUGAAUCCAUUGACUUCAGUCGAGAAGAGAAUAAAUCUGAGCCAGGUGUAAAAUGGGCCGCUGAUUCACCAUGAGGCUGUUUUUUUAUAGACCAGUUAUGGUGUCCAGUCUAGACAUCUCCCAUCAGUCUAUUUUGUAAAUGACUUUGGGAUUGUCCAGUUCGAAACUAGGAAGGUGACCAUCCUUUUCUCUCCUUCAGUGCCAGCUCCCCAUGCAAAGGUGCACAUCCCAAUCCUACCACCUGUCCCAUGGUUACAGACAUCCCAGCAAACAAAUCGGGGCUAAUGUAGGCCUUUGCCUGCCCCAUUUGGGCACCCCCAAGAAUGGAAGGGCAACAAUGUGCAGAUUGGGGACAAGGUGAAUACAAGGGAGCAGAACUCCCAGUAUAUGAGAUUGGAGUGGGAGAGUUCUCCAGCUCAUUUUUUGCCAUCACUUGACAGAAACCAGGAACCAUUUAUACUGAUAAAGUGACGGCAAAUUGAGAGAAAGCAAACCCCCUCUGGCAGAGAUUCGACCCCAUCAGUCUUAAAUAGGCACUUCUCAGUUCUAUGUGACUUUACUGUGGCUACAGUUUGCUGAGCGUGUAAACUGCAAUAGCAUGAUCUCUGUGUACCACCACCAGAUUGGCUCCCUGCCAGUUUUACUUGAGGUAAGACAAACAGGUGAGCUGCUUGCAUUGAGCUUUGCCCCAUGAACAUUGCAAAUAGAAGCACAAGAGAGAAAUCUUAGUGCUGAGUACAUGACGUGGGAUUUAUUUUUAACAGUGCAUUUGCCAUUUCAACGUCAGCCGAGACUUCGUUGACUAUUGUAUCCUUUAAAUUUAUUUGAAUGUACAGAUAUGUAUAUGUAUCUACAAUAAAGCAACAUUGCAGAAUAAAUUCUGAGGAUUUAA